AUGAAACCGUUCAUCUGUGAAUUUUGUGGAAAAGCGUUUAAGGUCGACUAUUAUCGUGCUGCGCAUCUUCAACGAGUUCAUCUGAAGGAGAAACAAUACCGCUGCCGGGAGUGUGGAAAAGACUUUGCGAAGAGGAUCGACCUGACGAACCAUUUCAAGGUCCACCAAGCUAACCGGGAUCGUCUCCCCUGCCCCCACUGUCACCGAAUAUUCAUUGGCGACAAACGCCUCUCAUCUCACAUUGAACUAACCCAUCAACAGAAAGGAUUUCCCUGUGUGUUUCCAGGAUGCGGAAAAAAAUUUUCCACCGACCAGGUCGCCUCCUUCCAUUACAAAACGAUCCACGGUACCGUACGUCCCUUUCCUUGUGCCCAUUGCGACACCACCUUCAAAAGAAAAGACACCUUGGCGAAACAUGUCGCACGGAAGCAUUCAAAUAAAUUUCUCUUCAAAUGCUCCACCUGCGGGAAAUCGUUUAAUCAAAAGGCAAACCUUGCCCAACACGAGAGGUCGCAUUCCACCCGGAAAGAAUUCAAAUGUCCCCAAUGCCCCGCGCAAUACCGUUGGAGGGCCAGCUUAAUCCAACACAUUGCCGAGAAGCACAACAAUCAGAACAAUCCGCGUCUCCCUUGUCCAAUUUCGGGGUGUGGUGCGACUUCUAAGAAUAAAAUACUGUUGAAAGUUCACCUGAAAUUAAGGAAUAAUAGUAAGAAAACGAAGCAAUGUUACUUCUGCCCGUUCAUGUUUCAUAGAACAACGAAUAGCCACUAUCACGAUCAUGUGAGGAUGCACACGACCGAGAAACCGUUCAACUGCACCAAAUGCUAUAGUUCGUUUAGCAAUAAACAAGUUCUAAAUAACCACCAGAAAUUUCUACACCCGACGGAACCUCGGAGAACGUACAAGUGUCCAAUCUGUGGCAAAUCUUUCCUCUCGCAGACGUACAUCAACUACCACGUGAGACAGGUGCACUUCUCGGAAAGGAAUUACCAUUGCACGAUGUGCGGUAGGGAUUUUUCGAGCGAAUACGUGCUUCACUUACACAUUAGGAAAAUUCAUACGAACGAGAAGCCUUACAAAUGUCACGUAAAGCAGUGUCCAUUUUCAGCUUUUACAGAACCCGCACUGAGGGAUCACGUGAUACAUUAUCAUGUCGGCGGGUGUGGAUUAAUUUGCUACUUUUGUGGCAAACUAUUUGCAGCAAAGGAAAAAUUAUAUGAACACAUCGGGACCCACACGGAAGAGACGGGGUGGAGUUAAAUCUAUGUGGAAAAUUGGCUGCGAGAAACUUCGGAUCUUUGAAGAACCACAAAACUAAACAGUGCGAUCAUAAAUUUUGAAAACAUUCUGGAUAUCACCUAACAUGAAAGCGUAUGUAUAAGUGAUUACGGGGUAGAUUCUAACUGAGGUUGAAAUAAAUUGGGAAUUUAUUAACUGUAUA